AUGUUUGAUCUUCGCGUAAAGAACGACGAAGACCUUAAUCUUUCCGAACAUGUGGACGAUGUCAUUGCCGCUGCUAUGGCCAAGGGAAUUGAUAUGUGUGCAGCUACAGGAGGGGACUUCACUGGGAAGUACACAGUUAAAGGGGGGGAAUCCGGCGAGUGGGUUCAGAUUUACGUUGACCUGUCACUGAAGGGGAAGAACACACUGAUUGACUACAACAGUGAAGAAGACCAUCAGGAUUACUAUUUCAGUGAUGCUGAGUUUGUUGUCCAUGAAGAAACAAUGCAAGAUAGGGAGACAAGCAAAGAAACUGAACCCGCCGGUUAUACUGGGCCUAGGAGAAAUGCAGAUAAUAGUGAAGCAGAAGGGAAUGAGGAUUGCAUUUUCGCGGAGUUUGGACUAUAUGGCAGCCCCUUAUCGUUAUGUAAAGAGAAACUGGUCGGACAUGUGUUUGAAUCCCUUGACAUUGCAGAAGAAUUCAUUUACAAAUACGCGACAGUAAUUGGAUUUAGUCUUCAAAAAAGUCAUAUCAGGAGAAAUAGUCAGGGACAAAUUAGAGAACGCGAGUGGGUUUACGCAAGGGAGGGAAGAAGGGAUGAGAUUCACUGUGACCGACCUGACAGACGAAGGGAGCCGAAGCCCAUAACCCGUGUGGGAUGUAAGGUUUGUUUUAGGGUGAACUUGGUUCGUGGUAAUAUGAAAUGGAUAUGCAGGGAGUUUAUAUCAAUACAUUCACACGCGGUGGCUUUUGACAAGGAAAAACAAUUUCUCCGGUCAUCUCGAGUUGUGCCUCCAGGUUAUCUGAAUACUGUAGUGUCCAUGAAGGAAUCUUGCAUAAGGACUUGUCACAUCAUGUCUUACAUGGCCCACCAAGUUGGGGGAUACGAGAGAAUGUCAUUUACAUCAAAGGAUCUUUACAAUCGAAUUGUGGCGGCUUCGAAGGUUGACUUUGAUGGAUCAGAUGCUAGGCGGGCCAUAGGGUACUUGGAACACAAGGAAGAUACAAACCCAAGAUUCUUCGGGAAAUUCUCAUACAAUGCAUCAAAUCAACUUUUGAAUCUUUUCUGGGUCGAUGGGAAAUCAAGAUCAGACUAUGAAACAUACGGACAUGCAAUAACAUUUGAUUCGACGUACAAGACUAAUAGUUACGGAAAACCCUUGUUAGUAUGGGUGGGUGUUAACAACCACUAUAGGACAUGUAUUUUGGGAUUUGCAAUUCUGGACAAUGAGUCCACAAGUACCUACAUGUGGGCAACUAAAGCUUUCUUGGAAUGCAUGGGAGGGGUAAUGCCCAAAACCAUUGUCACUGAUGGGGACGAAGCAAUUGCUGGUACAAUACAAUCAUUGAUGCCUGAUGUCUCGCAUCGAAUAUGCUAUUGGCAUAUACAUAACAAAGCAGUGUCCAAAGUUAAGAAUCCAUCAUUUGCAAGACAAUUUAGCAGUUUGUUGUAUAAAUACUACAGUGAGGAAGAGUUCGAGCAAAAGUGGGAAGAUUUAAUAGUAGAAUUUGGAAUAAAAGACAAUGAGUAUGCAGCGAACCUAUAUGAAGAUUGGAAAAAAUGGGCAGAAACCUUUCUUAGGGGCAAUUUCUUUUGUGGCAUGAGCACCACUCAAAGAAGUGAGGGCAUCAACGUGAUGUUGAAAAAGAAGGUUAAUAAUAAAUUGAAGUUGUAUGAAUUUCUAAGGGUUGUGGACAUGGUCUUGUCCUUGGUUCGACACCGUGAGGAGAAAGAUGACUACACAACACUUCACACUACUCCGGAACUUGGGAAGACAAAUUUACAUCAAAUUGAAGAGGAGUUGUCGAACAUUUACACAAGGAACAUGUUCUACAAAGUGAGGAAGCAAAUGUCAAAGGAAGGGAACUACAUGGUCAAAAGUACUUUCGUUGAGGACAAUGCCAAAAUUCUUAAGCUCCACAAGUAUGCCACUAAACGUAGUAGGAGGUCUGUUUAUGUCACACCAUCACAUGAUUUCUUUGUUUGUGAGUGCCAGUAUUUUUUAUCAUAUGGCAUACCGUGUCGACAUAUUUUUGCAGCAAUGAAGCACCUCCACAUUACUAAGAUGCCUAGGGCACUCGUCUUAUCUAGGUGGACAAUUCAUGCUAAAAAAAACUCUGAAUUUGAAAGGAACAACAUUCAACCGCAUAUUGACAAAAGGGUCGAGGAAAAGGGAAGAUUUGGGGGAAUAAUGAGUAAAUUAAAUGAAGUUGCUUACCUUGGCUCGACCAGCCAUUCUGCAUACGACAUAGCUACUAUGGAAAUUGAGAAACUAUGUGUCAAAUUGAAAGAUGCAACCGACAUUGGAGUGGACAACACACUACAGAAGCUUCCCCAACAUAGGGUGACUCAACUUAAGGUGUUGGAUCCGAACUUCACGAAAAGUAAGGGAAUGGCUAAGAUGCCAGGAACAAAGGCAACUGUAAGACGCAAGUGCACACUGUGCAAGAAAUCGGGCCACAAUAAGUCCACUUGUCCAACGAAAUAG